AUGCCUUGGUGGACGCCAACGUGGCCUAGCUUCCCGACCUUUGACUUCGCGCUACCAUCUAAUCUUCAACGGAGAUUCAUAUCCUUCCUACUAAAGCGCUCCUUGGGCCCUUUCCUCAAGCCAGGUCAACUUGACGUAGAGCAGAUAGACUCUCAACUUGGCUCUGGUUAUCUUCAAGUCAAGGAGCUAGAAAUAGAUGACAAUGCCGUCAACACUUUACUGUCUGGCAUCCCGCUGGACCUUCGAGAAGGCUCCAUUGGCACUGUCACUGCACGUGUGCCAUGGCCUAAUCCCUUGAGCGGCAAUAUCCGCCUCUCCCUGAGCUCAUUACAUCUGGUUCUUGAGGUCUCCGCCAGACCGUCCGAGCAGCCUUCGUCGCCUGUUGACCUGGCUGAGUCGGUCGUAAGCGUCGCCGAAACAUUCGUACACGAUGAAAUGUCUGUAUACGAGGAAGAAGAACUCAUGAACUCUAUUCAUGAGGAACUGGGUAUGUCCGACGACCAUGUCGUUCCUGGCGGCCUGGACCCCUUCGGUUCUCCAGAGGACAGGUCACAACCCAGUAAUCCGGCAGGGGAUCCAGAUGGCGUUUCCCUCUUUGCCGGACUGCUACAACGCCUUCUUUUGCGUUUUGAGAUGGAUGUAGAAGAUUUGAAGAUCACGAUUGUUCAUCCCGGCCAUUCCGAGUUCAUUGUCUCGCUUGCCGAGUUGCAUCUCAAUCACCAAGCGUCGGGCGAUCCCUCGAAUGCAGAUUCAUCCCUCCAGUCCCCCAUUGUACCGGAAGAUGUACGCGUCAUUCGGUUAUCGGGUUUCUCUGUUCAAUGCCGCAACCUUGACCUGGCGAACGACGUUCGAGCACCUAUAUCAAACGAACAGUCUCCCACGCAGUCGAACACCGCAUCUGCAUCUGACUCAGACUACGACGAAGCCUCGCAGCUCCUCAUGUCGCAAUCAUUCGCAGCGCUCCCGCCUCGCCCCAACAAUAGGCUACACCAAAGCCUUGAGGUGGAUUCAAGCGCACUAUUUCAAAGUGCUAUGUCCACCUUACCCGAGGUUCCCGAACCCGAGCCUGGGAGCCAGAGUACCGAAAGCUCGCAGUCAAAUGCGCCCCGGUCGCCCACGCCAUCACACAGCCAUGUGUCAGAGGCGUUACCUGCCGCCGAUAUACUGUGUGCCAUGUCUACGGAGCCCCUGGUUAUCCGCAUCACCCUCAGGAUCCCCACUUCUACAUCCGCGUCUUCGAUGGAUACUCCGCCCACAGCCGCAAGCCCUCCCACCAGCUUACCACCAUCCCGCUCGGUCUCUGUAGCAGCCAGCAUGGGUCCAUUCGCGUGUGCCAUUCGACCCUGGCAUUUGUCAGCUGCGCUAGAACUAGCCGAUGCGUUCUCAUCUUCCGGCGCCAAUACCGCUUCCGGUUCUCGCUCUAGGGCGGCAGCCUCGCCAUCAAUCCUGGCGAAGACCACCUCAUAUCUUGACGAGGUUGAUAUCAGCGUCCGUGUCCGUGCGAUCGUCGCAUUGGCCCUUCCUUCUGGUUACUUCCAUGUCCGGGAGAGUUCGUUCUUCGAGCGACCACUGCAGCCUCCCAACCUGUCCUCUGGAUACUCAAGACUCUAUGUCGACACAAUCACUGCCUCAUUCAGAGGGACAACCAAGCCCAGUGCAUCAUUGUCUACUCCCGUCAGCCCGGCAGUCGGCAUUCGGUCACAGAACGAUGCUGUGUCGCCGUUACGAUUGCAUGCACAGUUGGCUGUAGCAGACCUGUCUAUCCUUGCGUUUGGUUGUCCUCCUUCGGAUGUCACCGAACAUCGGGUCCUCCCCGUCCUCAUCACCGACCCCACCUUGUCAGGCCAAUACGGCGAGGAACACGAUGCGCCGCCGUCCUUGAGUGAAGGCCUACCUCUUCGGAGACACGCCCAAGAUCUUCCUACUAUAUCGUCUCCAAAUUGGCUUUCUCCGUCGCACAGAACGAUACAGGCGAGGAUAUCACAUUGGCGAAGUAGACCCACGGCGCGCAACCGCUACUCGCACCGAUCGUCUGUGGACACAGCGAGGGCAAUGCCGACGUCUCCUCAGAGCAUAUCUUUAUCGCCACCGUUCGCAUCUCCCAGCCCGGGAAGAGAUUCAAUUGGCAGGCCAGCGCCUGCGAUAAGCGUCGCUUUUGACUCUGGCGAGGAGCUCGAUCGCGCGUCAGCGUCCUCCUCGCACAUCAUUGUCGACAUUGCACUGUUGCGCGCCUUCGUCGACGUGGAGGGCUUUGUCCAGGGCGAUCACGCCGGUGAACCAUCGCCACUCAUGGCAUUCGUCCAAGACCUCUCUGAGAGGCGCGACCGCCUGUUACCCCCAGCAGACGAUGCGACUAGCAAUCCGAGCGGGGUUGAGCCUCCACGAUCCCCCGUCGCUCACAUGGGGCGCGUUCAGACGUUCGAACAGCAUGCGCUUGACGGCCUUGGCUUGACCAUGGAUUAUGGGCUUCCGGCUCCGCGGGAAGCUCCUUCUACCCCUGAGCCUGAGAGUAAACCCAGUGUCUCAGUACAUGCACCAUUCAUACGACUCGAGGCUCGCGCUUCCUCAAAUACGCAUCGCUCCGGUGCGGUCUUGAUAGACGUCCAUGCACUCUCAGUGGAUACGUCUUCUCCAACCGAGACUGGCUUGCACUUUGCGACCGACGAUGCUCACACUCUCGCUAGAGGUGAUAGUCAUCUCGUCUCCGUGAGCUGGCGCCGAGCCGUAGUGGCGAUCUCUCCGCCAGGUCAAGAGCUCGCGACGGCAUUCGUUUCUAUUGGACCACUCAUGCCCGACGCUAUGUCCCGAAAUCGGCAAGCCCAACUUCCUCGCGUUAGCGUUGGCUCCUCGGCGUUGGGCAGUACUUCUAUUGUGGUCAACAUCCCGUCCGUGCAUGCGGAUCUGACGAAGGACUCGUUUGACGGCCUUCAACUCUGGGCCGACGACGUUGCCAAAGUCAUGGAACGUGCUUCUACCACGCCGCCCACGAGUUAUGUGGAAACAGCGUCGCAGGGAGUCCGAGAUCCCAGUCUCAUCGGCAGCCGGUACUUCCUGCAGCAGAAACGAGGCAGCCAGGACAGUGGACGCCCAUCCGAUAGGGUUCAACCUCGGCCUAAGGGCGGCCAGACCGUCAUCAAGGUGUUUGUGGCUGAGGCGUUUGCGCGCUUGCGGCUCUCACGUGAGGAUGCUGAUGGUCACGUGAAGCCUCUUGACAUACUGGCUUCCGACCUGGAUGUGCUUUUGGAGAUCAAGCCGGACGGAAAGGACGAGACCGUUUGCACAAUGGGCAUCAUGAAUAUCGCUGUACUAGAUCAAGCCAGCGCCUCGCCACUUCCCAUCUUGAGCUUGACCGCGCCGCGGGGCUAUGCAAACACCACACGUCAAUUCCUCCAUCUCCGCUUCAAGUCUUCCGUCGUCGCGGGGUCCUCGGCUAAGGAGUCUCAAAUUGCGGUCACGCUAUCGGGCUUCACAUACAACUUCGUGCCAGAUCUAGGGUGGAUUAACGCGCUCGCGAAGUUCGUGAAGCCUCCCGCGGGCGUAUUCGAAGGAGUACCUCCCAGCGAGCAGACGUUCGUGACCGCACAUGUCCGUGAUGGGUCCGUUCGGCUCUUCGCUCCGAAUCAUCCGGGCGCCUUCUUGAUGCACGUCGGCGAACUGGACUUCUCUACGGUCUUGACAAGCGACAACCCCAGUCUAACAUGCGAAGUCUCUGUCCCUUCUCUGAGCGCACUGAUGGCGGAUGACUUUGCUGCGGUGACGGAGCAGGUGGCGGGUAAAGACUUGCGCGCUUAUCGAGGUGCUAAGUACUGGCUGAAAUCGAAGUACGCGCUCAUUGCGGAGAUUCUCAACGCGAAUGUUGCGGUAGAUCGUGCUGUCGGUCCUCCGGCCAAGCUCAACGCUACUGUCGACGGUAUUGAUGUCCGGGUGCAUCUCGCAGCUGAUACUGGCGCUGCUUUGGGCGCAUUCUUCACUGACCUCGCGUCGGCUUUCCAGACCGACGAGCCUGCUGUCGCAGAGGCUCGUCCUCCUUCUUCGCGAGCACCGGAGGAUGUGUCGGUUGAAAGGAGGACCGACCGCUCGCAGGAGCUGAGCUAUUCUGUGGACGAGGCCGCUUUCCGCGCCGCCCCCGAAGUAGGAGCAGCACCAGAUAUGAUAGCCGACGAUCUCCCCGUCAACAUGGACUAUCUCGACGAGUCCUUUGGCGCCGCUGCCGGCCUUCGUGAGAUGACUGAGGAGGACAUGGACGACUUUGACACGACACACACGCCCGAGAUUGAUGCGUAUGAUCCGACGAUCAUCUCUCAGGUUGGCGGGGAGACAAUUCGUUUGCUCGAGCCGGAGGGGCUGGAGAUCGUGGAGAAUCACUUCAAUACGCUUCCUGCGAUCACAGAGGAACUGCCACAGACCGCUGAGAUCCUCGACUGCGUCAAGUUGCAGAACGUCAACCUCGCCCUCUUCCUCUACGACGGCUACGAUCUAUCCUCCACGCGCCGCACGAUCGAACAUGAGAUGAAGGAGAUGAAGAAGCGGCUUGCCAAGAUCCGUCAACUGGUCGCCGAAGGACAGAAGUACGACCCUACGGUGGACGAGGAGCCUAGCGCGCUACUGUUUAACUCGUUCUAUGUCGGGCUCAAGGAGGAUGCGGAGGGGAUGGAGGGGGACCGAUUGAUUGGCGCUAUUGAUGAAGCGUUGAUGGAAGGGUUCGAGGGUGAGGGUGAUGUUGAGACGGCGAGCCAGAGUAGCUGGCAGUCUCUUCCCGCGAAACCUCAACAACGCCGCGUGUCGAGUCAGCUCCCUACCGCGCAAACGGCGAAGUCAAGCAAAGGCCGCCGUCUCACGCGCGCCACGACGCCAUCAGUCGAGUUCAAAGUCCAAGGCGCGAACAUCGAGCACGACCGGUACGCCGAUGCUGAAGACCUCGCUUCCCGCGUGUUCGCUACGAUCAAGGAGCUCGAGAUAUACGACCACUGUAAGACUUCGACGUGGAGGAAGUUCCUCAGUGCGUUGAGGCUCGAUUCGAGAGGGAACAUCAGGGAGACGGGGAGCAGUAUGGUUAGGGUUGAGGUGCAGAAUAUCAGGCCUGUGAGGGGAAAUGAGACGGAGGAGGUUAGGUUGAGGGCGAAGUUGUUGCCUCUGAGGUUACAUGUCGACCAGGACGCGCUGGACUUCCUGAAGAAGUUCUUCAGCUUCAAGGAUCCGAACGCGGCGCCGUCUAAUGCAGCACCGGCCAAGGAAGCCUACCUUCAGCGCGCCGAGGUGUUCCCAGUCGGUCUAAAGCUGGACUACAAGCCUCGCCGCGUCGAUUAUCGCGCUCUACGCGAAGGCAAGACAAUCGAGCUCAUGAACUUCUUCCACUUUGACGGCGCGGAGAUGACAUUGCGGCACAUCACGCUCUACGGCGUCACUGGCUGGCCGCGCUUCUUCGACAUGCUGAACGACUUGUGGACACCCGAUGUAAAAGCGACCCAGCUGGCGGAUGUAAUCUCGGGUGUCGCGCCCAUCCGUUCUGUCGUCAACGUUGGCUCGGGCGUCGCAGAUCUCGUCUUGCUGCCCAUUGCGCAGUACCGCAAGGACGGGCGUCUGGUGCGAGGGGUCCAGAAGGGCACCAAAGCAUUCGUACAGAGCACCGCGAUGGAAGCCGUCAAGCUUGGCGCUCGGCUCGCAACGGGUACACAAGUCAUCCUCGAACAAGCCGAGAACGUCCUGGGUAGCACCGGCGCGGGUCAACACUUCGAGUCGGGCGAAACGCUCUUGAUCCGCGACGACGAAUUUGACGGCGAAGGCGGGGACUCAGUGGGUGAUCUUGAGGAUGCGUUGAGGGAAGACCCGAUCAGUCGGUAUGCGGAGCAGCCGCAGGAUCUGCAGGAGGGAAUGCAGGCGGCCUAUGAGGGUAUGAAGAGGAACUUGAACGAGGCGGCUCAGACGAUCUUGGCGGUGCCUAUGGAGGUGUAUGAGAGGUCGGGGAACGAGGGGGCUGUAAGGGCUGUCAUUCGGGCGGUACCGAUCGCUGUUCUCAGGCCUAUGAUCGGCGCAUCAGAGGCGGUCAGCAAGGCGCUGCUCGGGUUGCAGAACAGCAUGGAUCCGAACGUGCGGUUGGAGAAUGAGGUGAAGUACAAGCAUCGGGCUUAA